AAAAUUUAGAUCAAAUUCGGUCACAGCUGCAUCCACGCGCGUCGCGCUGCUGUCAACGAGACACUAUAUAUGUAUAAUAUAUAGAAAUAGACAUUUCUUUUCAUAAAAAAAAAAGUGACGCACCUUAGUAUUUACGCGGUUUGUGAUAUUUCUACAUGUAUUUUAGUGCCGAACACUCGCGGCCUUAGUAAAAAAUUAUAAUAUAAAUCCAAGUGUCAACGACAAAUUAUUUUACUCAAUUUAUAAUCAUAAAAAUGAGUGGCCGACCACAAAUGACUACAAUGAAUGGAAAGAGGCUUUCGUCGAUUCCUCCAAGACAUCAAAAUGAAUCGACAUCUCAGCAUUUAGACCUCAUUAGAUAUAUAUGUGAUUCAUGGAAUUCAGUAUCCAGAGAAUUGGAUACAUGCAAUACGUCAAAUUAUAGAAAUGGAGCAGCAACUGUCACGUAUUAUCAAGAGCGAGAACCGAAUCCUCAACUCAAAGAUUUCCAACCAUUUAAUUUGGAAAUUUGGUGGGGUCAACGCGUAAUGCAGAGCAUCACAAGAAAUGCAAGCUCCUAGUGUCAAGCCCCAGGAUUUGAUCAUAAUCGAACAUUCUUUCACAGGCACAAAAAACAAAAAAGAUAGAUGAUCUUUAUUAUGUUUCUUGAAGGUUUUUGCGUCUAGACGCAAUGUUCUCUUUUUUGUAUUUCUUCAAAUUUAAAAAAAAAAACUUCCUUCAAGAAUAUUUCGUCAAACACACACACGAAAGAAUGACAAUUUAUUUUACGUACAGCAGGCCUGUUUGGAUUUUGUUUUUUUUUAAAAGGACUGAAAUUUAAAUAAGGGAAGAAAGCAAUAUAGAACAAAAAAAAAAAAAAAGAUUAGGAAUGAAGAAAUAUUGAAAGGCAAAAGACUUUUUUUUUUAAAUGUUUGCAGUUUACGACAUUCCUUUAUACCUUUGACCAAUAUUUGGAUAUAUGUUUACGAGACUUUAACAAUUCAGUCGUGCAUGUCGUUUUCUGUAUUCAAAUUUUCUAUAGUAUUCUCUAUAUUAUUUUUUUUCUCUCUUUUGUGCUUUACAGUACCUGGUUAUACAAAAUAUAUUUGAUAACCAAUUUUUUUAGGAAGUAUUGAUCUAUUUAUUUUAUUUGAAUUUGUUAGUUAACGAUUGUGCGCAUAAGCAACACAAGAAUUUGAAGAGAAAAAAAAAACAAUGAAGUUUAUAAACUUUUUUUUUUCAUUUUAAAAUGAAUGCUUCUUUUUUAAAUUAGAAAAGAAUUUCUAAUGUUUUGCUCAGUUUAUUCUCCUUGUUUUAAAAUCAGAAUUAUUGUGUUAAAAAAAAAUGCGAGAGAUUAGAGAUUAAUAAUUGUGUCUGAUACAAUUUUUACCAGUAAAUGCUACGCCGUUUUCAGAUUUAUACAGAAAAAAAAAGAAUAUGUAAAGUGUUUUAGUGCUUGUUUUUAAUUUACUCAAUAUUAUACUUCGCUUUCGAAAUUCAAAUAAGAAUCAAUUCCAAUAAUGACGAAUGCCUUCAUUCUUAUUUGAAUAUUUCGAAAGAUUAUUAUUUUUUUAGAUAGUGCGUUGCAAAUGGUUUGUAAUAAAAAAAAAAAAAAAAAAAUAUUGCACUUUAUAUAGCGCGAACUGAAAAUUGCUACAGAUUCAAGUAGAUUUAAAUUAAGAUUAUUAUGUACACUGACAUUAUAUAUGUAAUAGUACGACGUGUACUAAAAACUAACCAGAUAACGUUUCUAUAAUGACAGAAUAAUAAUGUCUUUGUACAGUAAAA